UGGAAGAGAAUGUUGACUUUCAUGGUAUUAUUAUAUAUCGGCACGCGAUAAGACGGCUUAGACGGCGCCCGGUUUGUAAGACGGUGCAGACAAUUGAUCAAAGCCGUACAUUUACGAAGAAUAUAAUCGUGAAUAAUGGACGAUCGUGAUGAAUUAGAGCGCUUAAUGGUAUUAUUAGAUAAUCAAAGGGUCUCGUAGCAUGAAGACGAUACUUGGUAAUCUUUCGUGGUAUCUCAUUGUGCCAUUGGUAGUUAUUUCAUUACGUGUAAUCAUUUCUUCCAUUGCACUCUCUCACGAUACUAGAGAUCAUUUAUUAAAUGUUUAAUGAAAUCUUCUCUAGUUUCCUCUUCGACAUGUAGAGUUAGCAUAAAAUGAUUUAUAUUUAAAUUAAUAACUAUUCGCAAAUUUGGCUCUCUUUUCUCUUUCUUACACUCAUAUUUGGAAUAAAAUUAAUUCACGUAGUAUACAUGUUAUAUAUACUGCAAAUUAAUAAAGAUUAUUAGCAUACAUUUGUCGCUCAUUAGUAAAUAUAUUUAUUCAGUCGAGCCUCAUAUUUUAAUUUAUAAUAAUAUUUUAAUUUAUUCGGUCGAUCCUCAUAUUUUAAGUACGAUAUAUAUGUAGUAAGGAAAAGUUUUAUUACAGCAUUCAUAGUUAUUUAAAAAAGGAAAGUUAUCUGUAAUGCUAACGCGUCUUCUCUUUUUCUCUCUUAUUCUGCUAUUGCAUGUAUUUGCGUAAUCUACUGGACCAAGAACUGUCAAGGCGCGCGUGUAAGCCAGUUGCGAUAAAGCGGAGAAAGACUAAAAAUUUCCAGCGGUGUGAAUCGCGUAAACAAGUUUCUUCACUAAACAGAUAACAGUAACCACAACUGGCUUUAAUGUAGUCAAGCAACGUAUUCCUUUGUAAGAAUGCGUCGAAAUUAUGAUAAACUUUUCUUACGUUUACCUGUCACGCAAUAAAAUCUUUUAAUUGCAAAUCUUCAAUCUGAAAUAAAAGAAAAUUUAGAAUACUAAAACUAAUAAUUUUUAUUAUACACAAUUUCUUCUAAAAGAACUAAUAUAAAUAUAUUAAUUCUUAGUUAGCAAACAGAUCUUUAUUUGAUUCAAGAUUUAAAGAAUUAAUCGCUGCUGCUAAUUUGAUAAUGAUUUUAUUAUAUAUAUUGUAUUACAAUGUAUCGAACAAGAUUAAAGUGGUAUAAAUUUAUUAUCAGAACACAUUAGAACUUAUAAGAAUCAUUUAGAUUGUAUUUUACGUGUUUUUCCACAAUUUUAAAUUCAAGACAGAUAUAAAGAAUUUUUAUCUUGUAAACAUGGAAGUUAAUUAAAUAUUAAUCAACAAUUACGCUCUUGAAGUACCAUUUUUCUAAAGCGUCUAUCGAUCUACUAUCUAUCUAUCUAUCUAUCUACAGGAGGUUUCUUCAAUGAUUGGUUAUACAACUGAUAUUGGUUACGAAGCGAUUAAUUUAUUUGUUCUUAGCACAAACGUCUUAAACGCUCUCUCGCUCUAUAGAUUUUUAAUUAAGUCGGUCAAACGUCACAAGCGAGGAUGCGUGCAUGCCGGCACGCACCACUUACACUUUCACCGGUCUAUUUAUUCACGGCAUCUACGCCGUGCGUCCUUCUGCAGCAUCGAAAGAUUUGGCACAAUACAAAGUAUAAAACUUUUGUUAUAUUAGCUUUUAUAUUAUUUAUAUGUGGUCCCGUGACAACAUGAAAUAAAGUUGUUAAAAUAUUGAAGAGCUUAAAUUAUAUUUCUGUUGAUCACUACUAUCUAAUAUUCUACUUAUAUAAUACUAGUAUCUCUGACCUUCAUUUAUUUCUUUAUUUAUUAGUCAUUUAUUUCUUAAUCUUACGUCUUGUCCUUUAUAAUUAUCGAACAUUUAAGAAAUGUCGAUAUGCAGGAGUAACACUGGAGUUACAAUGUGCGAGUAGAUACAGUACAUACGAAGAACGUUUGAUCCGAAAGAGGAAGACAUUAAAUAACAACUGAUAUGAGCAUGUAUUGCUAGUGUACUCUGUCUCGAUAUAUGAAGUCUGGCGAAUUUUAAAUUAUUCUCGUUUAAAAAUUAUGAUCUGGACAUUACGGCAUUAAGAGUUUAUCUACAAAUGUUUUCAGGAGUCUACCGGGUGUAGGUCAGCCUGAGGCGUCCCGUAUAAUGACGCAAGCCUUGCCAUACUUCAGUUCACUUGGCAUAUGUAGGCUAGGAUCGAAACGGUGAUUUCAGGGAGUCUAAUAUUAGACUGAAUACGGCCAAGUUUUCACGUACCAAGCACAAGGUGAUAUGACUCACCUGGUGCUCGGGGUGUUACCGUAGAUUCGCGUAUUUCUCAUCAUUAUUCCGCGAGAUACGCGAAACACUUUUCAGACUGAUAAAAAACAGCUCAGUUUCUUUCACAGCGUAUUCGAGCGUCGUUCAAAGGAAAGGAAUUCAAAACGUGAAUAUAUUAUAUACACUUAUACAUUACUCGACGCAUUAGGAUAUCCAAUGAAGUUAUUCCAGCUUUGAAAUUUAAAUACUUUAAGGUUCUUUUCUUGUUAUUUCUAGUUUUCGUGACCAGAGAUAAGCGAGUUGAAUCUCUCGUCAUUUUUAGGUGUCUGGAAUUGAAAGAAUGAUACUGAAGGAAUAACGAAGAAGGAGGAAGAUCCACUAAUCUCACUGAAUAUCAUUCUGUUUUGAUCAUUAAUCUUGUUAUCCAAUCAGUCUUAAAGAUUUUAUUAAUUGAAUUGAUUGAUUUUAUUAAUUGCCGUUGUAUCCUAACGUUGGUACGUGUUGAUACGUUUUGCUUGCGUGCUUCUCGGUAAUGCGCCGGCAAUUAUCACGUGUAUCGUGCGAUGUGUGCGCGAUUACUAGGAGAGGUAUAUCCUAUACACACACAUUUAUACUUGCACAUAUAUGCACACGUUAUCCGUUGAUCUGGUCCUCGAUAAAGCUCGCACAACAGUCGUGCAUGCGAUUAAGCUUUGAAUUGGGGGAGGUUUGCGUCCGGAAGACGAUGAAUUAGCUCCCAUCAUUGUCGUUGUAUUAAUCAACUCCGGCGACUUGCCACAGACCAGUUGACGUUUGGUCAUCGAGCAGAUAGCAUCGUUCGUCGUUUUUCCAGCAAAGCGACGCCUUUCACACGCGUUCGUUCACUCAUUCGCUCGCUCAUUCGCUGCGAAUGAGCGAUUUCCAUUUCUGCCGUUGCGUCCAGAUUGUAAAUUUAACGUUUUAGCCUUUGUGAGUGUGCCGUUAGAGAAUAAUUAAUCAGUGACCUUUCUGAUAUAAAAUAAUUUACUAAAUAUGUUGAAAAAAUUGCUCGAUUACUGCGUCGUUAUAUGUGUACUUUUUUUCAAAUGUAACAUGUUCCCUUUGUUACGUGAUUUUGCUGAUUGAAGUCCCGCGGUUUUCUAUUUCCUUUGUAGUUGCAUCAGUCAGAGUGCCGUUGAUAUCCUCCGACAGUAACUCGAGUUGUUCAAUUUCGUGAAUCGUUGAAUUUUUCAAAUAAUUUGAGUCUGACAAUGUAUCCAAACAGUUUGAUUUGAAUUUAUGUAAAAUAAUAAAGCGAUCGAAUAAUUCCAUGAGUUCCGUGAGUUCCGUACGAGCUGUUAGAAUAUGAAAUUUAAUUUCUAUUUCGAGCUAUUCAUACUGUUGGAAUAAUUUAAGGUGGAAUGGUAUCUCGUGACGCGUCCAAAUUUAUCAAAAUUUAAUCAAUAUAUGUAAUAUUUAUCGCGUACAUUCCUCAAAUCGGAAAUAUCAAAUAUUUUUUCUAAAUGUAUCUCGUGCCUAUUUUUUUUUACUGAUCUUAUUGUAUAGUGUUGUUGCUGACUAACGGGAAUACAAAUUAAUUGUGGAAUAUUAAUGAUUAGUUGAUAUUCCGUGAAAAAUGUGGCUAAAGGAUACAGAUGAUAUCUUGCCAACUGCGAAUUACAUGAAUUCGCGAUGGCACGUCCAGAAUGAGAUCUUCGUCAAUCGGAGUCUUCAUCUGGAGAACAUCAAGUUCUAUGGCUUCGACAUGGAUUACACAUUGGCGGAGUACAAGUCGCCGCAGUACGAGCAGUUGGGUUUCAAUCUGGUCAAGGAUCGUCUGGUAUCUUUGGGGUACCCACAGGAGAUCAAGGCCUUCGAAUACGAUCCCAGUUUUCCCGUUCGUGGAUUAUGGUUUGAUACCUUGUAUGGAAAUCUCUUAAAGGUCGACGCAUAUGGAAACAUCUUGGUUUGCGUUCACGGUUUCGAGUUCUUGAAGCAUUCUCAGGUCUACGAACUUUAUCCAAACAAAUUCCUACAAUUAGACGAGUCUAGAGUUUACGUGCUCAAUACCUUGUUCAAUCUACCGGAGACCUAUCUGCUGGCGUGUCUGAUAGACUUUUUCACGAAUUCGCCGCAGUAUACCAGAGAUAAAACCGGAGUGAAAGAAGGUGAGCUCACCAUGAGCUUCAAAAGCAUAUUUCAGGAUGUCAGAAACGCGGUAGAUUGGAUACACCUUCACGGUGAUCUGAAAACGAAGACUAUCGAGAACUUAGACGAGUACGUAAAGAAGGACGAGAGGUUGCCUAUGUUCCUUACGAGAAUCCGGGAAAGCGGAGCGAAAGUGUUUUUAUUAACUAACAGUGAUUACGUUUUCACGGACAAAAUUAUGACUUAUUUGUUCGAUUUUCCACACGGUGCACGGCCGGAUGAACCACAUAGAAAUUGGCAAACCUAUUUUGAUACGAUUGUGGUAGAUGCUAGAAAACCGUUAUUCUUUGGAGAAGGAACAAUUUUACGGCAAGUGGACACGAGGACUGGUGCUUUAAAGCUUGGUACACACAAGGGACCGCUUCACACAGGAGAAGUAUACUCGGGAGGCUCGUGCGACGUGUUUACGGAACUGAUCGGCGCGAAAGGCAAGGAUGUGUUAUAUGUCGGUGACCAUAUAUUCGGUGAUAUUCUAAAAAGCAAAAAGAUAAGAGGAUGGAGAACGUUCUUGAUAGUCCCCGAGUUGGUGCAAGAGUUACACGUGUGGACCGACAAGUGCCAGUUGUUUGCUGAAUUGCAGAGCCUGGACGUUAUGCUCGGAGAAAUGUAUAAAAAUCUAGACAGCAGUACAAAGGAGAAACCGGAUAUCUCGAAGUUGCGCGCGUCUAUACGGGACGUCACGCACAAAAUGGACCUGGCUUACGGUAUGAUGGGCUCCCUGUUCCGCAGUGGAAGUAGGCAAACGUUUUUCAGCAGCCAAGUCGUAAGGUAUGCCGAUCUGUACGCGGCGAGUUUCUUGAACUUGAUCUACUAUCCCUUCUCGUACAUGUUCCGGGCACCUGCUAUGCUGAUGCCACAUGAAAGCACGGUAGCGCACGAGCAAAGGUUCGUCAUGGAGACGCCGAUGAUAAGCCGUUCUAGAACGUUUAAGCUGACGGACGAGGAAGAGGUGCAUAAUCGACCUUCCGCUAAAAAUCUGUACGUGGAUCAUUUUAAUAGUCAAAUUCCACACGCGAGACCGGAGACACCGCGUAACGUCACGCAUACGCAUGACGAGGAUUGCAGCGACGAGGACAGCGACUCGCAGAAGCAAGCCAAUCACGUGAGAUCGUGCACGAGGAACACGAAUUGCAACUGA